CAUCGCAUCCCAACAUCAUCCCCCCAAAGAGCGCACCACGAGGCUCAAGCGAAAUCUAUUCUUGUCUCCCAGCGCGGGCCUACACAACACAAAUCAGCAAUCCAGGAGACUUGCGCUUGCCAACCCGCAGUAUUCUGACGUCGCAUUAGAGAAUUCCUCUGUCUAUCAAUAGGCACAUCCCACGUGAAAGGGUCGAUCAAGUCAUAAAACCCUGACAGAGCGCAUUUUCUCUUGCUUCUCAAAGUAUAAGAACAUACAAUGGGGCGCAUCAUCUCGUUCGCAGCGCCAGCCUAUCACAGCGUGUCUAGAGCGGCAUCACCUGAAUCUUCAGACGAAGACGACCGAGUUUGCUCAGCGAGCUACUCAUCCCAUACCCUCUCUAGACCCUCAGUCGGCCUCGGUAAAGGCUGCGACGAACACUACGCAUCUGGAAAAGUAAGCCUCUUGUCUUCUUCAUGCUUGCGACGUAUACUAACGAUACAGUGCAAGAGCGCUAAAAGCAGACCCCAAAAGCACGUUCAAUUCAGCGAUGCACCACCGGCCAUCUGUGAGAUUCCAGACUGGGAUCGUCGACCUUGGUUACCCAGUGCAGAGGAACUUGCACAACAGGGGCAAGAUGAGGAAGAACUGCUGGCCAGUGAAUCGACCUCUGAUGAUACGGCCUCAGAUGGCGAUGAUUCUUGUGCAUCGCAGCAGGCAAGUCCACAUUGUUUGAAUCAAGAGUGGACGACGGACCGUGCCAUACCAGCAGGUCUGGUUGCGAGCCAUACAUCGUCGCUUGAAACAACAAAACCCGUUCUCAAAGAACCUGCCCUGCGUCGUGGUAGUGAAGGGACGGGUCUAUCACUGACUGGCAAACAGUCGCGCAGAGAUUCACAAGUCUUGCAUGCUAGCCUCAGGACGCGACGAGGGAGUAAGAGUAGUGAUUUGACGCUUGAAGCUGCAAAUCGAUGGGCACGACGACUCUCCGUCUAGCCCGUCCGUCUCUGCAGCGUUUCAGUCUUUUCCCAGCGUUUGGCCAAGCAUCUUACCUC